GGUCAUCAAAGCUUCUUUUGUCAUCCCAAUCCGCCAGCCUCCGAGCUCGGUAACAACAAAACAGCAGAAAGCCAAGACCAAAAGCACCACCGCAGUCGAACAACCACAAUGAGCACCCUGGAUGUUAUCGACCACUCACCCCACCAUCCCGAUCCGUCGCCCCUGGUCCCAACCGCCUCCAACCUCAUCCUGAUUGACAACUAUGACUCUUUCACUUGGAACGUCUACCAGUACCUGGUCCUUGAAGGUGCCACUGUGGAAGUCGUCCGGAACGACCAGAUUACACUCGAGCAGUUGAUCAAGAAGCAGCCUACACAAUUGGUGAUCAGCCCGGGACCCGGACACCCGAACACCGAUUCGGGCAUCAGCCGCGAUGCUAUCCGACACUUUGCCGGCAAGAUCCCCAUCUUCGGGGUGUGUAUGGGACAGCAAUGCAUCUUCGAUGUUUACGGCGGCGAUGUGAGCUUUGCCGGGGAGAUCCUGCACGGCAAGACAUCGCCCCUGAGUCACGACUCGAAGGGUGUCUAUGCUGGCCUGGCCCAAGGCCUGCCUGUCACCCGCUACCACUCCCUCGCCGGCACCCAUGUCACGCUGCCGGAAUGCCUCGCGGUCAGUUCAUGGGUCGCCAAUGAGGACGGUUCCAAGGGCGUCAUUAUGGGUGUCCGCCACAAGGAGUACACCAUUGAGGGCGUGCAGUUCCAUCCCGAGAGCAUUCUCUCCGCUGAAGGGCGCGCCAUGCUCAGGAACUUCCUGUACAUGCAGGGAGGGACCUGGGCUGAGAACGAGCGGUUGCAGAAAGCUGCCCAAGAGGCCGCAAGAGACGCGAAGCCAGCGGCCGCGCCCAAGAACAACAACAUCCUCCAGAAGAUCUAUGCCCACCGCCGAGCCGCUGUCGCCGCUCAGAAGCAGGUUCCCUCGCAGAGGCCAUCUGACCUGCAAGCUGCAUACGACUUGAACCUUGCACCGCCCCAGAUCUCGUUUCUUGACCGCAUACGCGGCUCGCCGAUCGAUCCAUUCGAUAUAACACUGAUGGCUGAAAUCAAGAGAGCGUCUCCGUCUAAGGGCGUCUUUGCGCUUCACAUUGAUGCACCCAGCCAAGCCCGCAAGUAUGCGCUUGCCGGCGCCAGUGUCAUCUCGGUCCUCACCGAGCCGGAGUGGUUCAAGGGCAGCAUUGAGGAUCUCCGUGCCGUGCGUCAGGCUCUCAACGGAAUGGCGAACCGGCCGGCGGUGCUCCGGAAGGAGUUCAUCUUCGACGAGUACCAGAUUCUAGAGGCGAGGCUUGCCGGCGCCGACACGGUGCUCCUGAUUGUCAAGAUGCUGGACUUCGAUGUCCUUGAGCGGCUCUACAAGUACUCACAAUCUUUGGGCAUGGAGCCGCUCGUUGAGGUGCAGAACACAGAAGAGAUGAGGAUCGCGAUCAACAUAGGCGCCAAGGUUAUUGGCGUGAAUAACCGCAACCUAGAAAGCUUCGAGGUCGAUCUGGGGACAACCGGCCGGCUUCAAAGCAUGGUGCCCAAGGAUACUUUUCUGUGCGCGCUGAGCGGCAUCAACACCUCCGACGACGUUAAUGAAUGCAGAAAAGCGGGCGUGCACGGCAUUCUGGUCGGCGAGGCGAUUAUGCGGGCCCCUGACGCAUCCAGCUUUAUCAGAGAAUUGUGCGCGCGUCCGGAUGUCCCAUCCGAACGUCCGGAAUGGCUAGAUGUACGUGAUUCCCAAAAGAAGCCUCUGCUAGUCAAGAUAUGCGGAACGCGAAGUGCCCUAGCCGCCACGGAAGCGAUUAAAGCCGGCGCGAACCUCAUCGGCAUGAUCCUGGUCCCUGGCACAAAACGGUCCCUCGAGCGCGAGGAAGCGAUGGAGAUCUCACAGGCUGUGCACGCGAGUAAAAAAUACGUUGGCGACGCGAACACCCAACCGGUCACAUACCCUAGUCGGACGGCAACGGAUUGGUUCACCGUCUGCGGGGAGUCGGUGGCAAGAGCAGGCCCGCUUCUCGUCGGUGUCUUCAUGAACCAGCCCCUGAAGGUGAUACUCGAGAAACAGCGGCUGUAUAACUUGGACGUGGUCCAGUUGCACGGUGACGAACCGCUCGAGUGGGCUAACCUCAUCCCGGUACCGGUCAUUCGGAAGUUCAAGCCCGGGCAGAGUGGGCUCGGACUGCGUGGAUACCAUGCCGUGUCGCUGCUUGAUUCGGGCGCUGGAUCCGGGCAGCUGCUCGAUGUGGCGGCCGUGAAGGGCGCUUUGGAGAAAGAUCCAGAGUUAAAGGUUUUCCUGGCUGGGGGCUUGGACCCCGACAACGUCGCGUCGACCGUGGCGGCGCUGGGCCCGCUUGCGGACAGAGUGCUGGGCGUCGACGUGAGCAGCGGGGUGGAGACGGAUGGAAAGCAGGACCUGGACAAGAUUAAGGCAUUUGUCCGGGCUGCGAAGGCUGUUCGGGGGCAGUGAUGCUGUGAUGGCUCAGGAAGGCGCCAGGCCAAGAGCACUAGUAGUGUUAUUGAACGGUCCAAUACCUACUACCACCCGCAUUGGUAUGUAGAUUCAGGAGUAGAAUCACUUAGGCCGAACCCCAGCAUUCUUUCGGCUACGGAACUUGAUAUCUGGCAAGCCACCACGCGGCCAAUACAAACUCACCUGGCAGUGAUUUGACUUGUAAUCCCGAACCCGUCCUCCGGGACAGUCUUUCACGGACGAGCUUGAUGUCCUCGUCUUCGCCGACAAGCUAUCGAGAAGCACCUUCGCCUCUUCCCUUAAGCCCGCCGAAUAACACCUGUGGGGCGGAUCCCCAUGGACACAGAUGAUGUUGCUAUUCCGCCAUAGCCGGCACAGAAGAC